AUGCGCCUGAUAAAUGUAGAGACGUUGCAACUAGAAACAUUCAUAGUUGAUAUACCUCCAUUCGCCAUACUUUCACAUACUUGGGGGCCUGACGGGGAGGAGAUCUCUUUCCAGGAUAUCCAGGAUAUCCAGAACGAGAGCCUCGAGAAACAAUGCAAAGGAAUGGAGAAAUUGAGAGGGUGCUGCAACCAAGCCAAGGAAGACAAUCUCAAAUAUGCCUGGAUCGAUACCUGCUGUAUCAAUAAGGAAAGCGACAAGGAGCUUACGGAGGCUAUCAACUCCAUGUUCCAGUGGUACCAGCAAGCCUCCCUUUGCUACGCUUUUCUUUCAGAUGUCCCCAGUAACGAUGAUUAUUGGGACGAAGGCUCUACAUUUUUCUCGAGUUCCUGGUUUCAGAGGGGGUGGACGCUUCAAGAACUUUUGGCCCCGACAGAACUGGAAUUUUACGACCAGAACUGGGUGCUGAUAGGUACGAAGAUGGAUAUGUCCGCGCCGAUAGAGAAGAUCACGGGCAUUUCGCACCGGUAUUUACUUGGCUGGGAAGAUUUCCGUCAAGCAAGCGUCGCCCAGCGUAUGUCAUGGGCAUCGAAAAGGAAAACAUCGAAAAGGAAAACAUCGAGAAGGGAAGAUGGCGCAUACUGCCUCCUCGGCAUAUUUGAUGUGACAAUGCCAAUGAUCUAUGGAGAAAGGGACAAAGCUAUCAUUCGACUACAAGAGGAAAUAUUGAAGACGACCGGGGAUCAUUCUAUUCUAGCCUGGGGUCUCGCAACGGAAGACAAGGAAUCAGAAAGACCCAAGUCUAUCGGGAUUCUUGCCACAACCCUGUCGGACUUUGCGAACUGUGGAGGUAUAGUCCCAAUCGAACACCAAUCAUCCGGCUUCCAUCAAUUCGACAUCUCCAGUGGACGUCUACGAGUCCGUCUUCCACUCCACAAUACACCAGACGGAAAGACGUACGCUUUGCUGGAUUGCAGCUUAGAACAGGACGUGGAUCGAUCCAUGGUAGGGACCCCGGUCCAACGUUCGUCCAGUGCAGCACCAAAAGAAUACGUACGGUUGCAGGAAUGUCAUUCUGUGCUUUUGCCGAGAGUUUCAUUCACGUCGUCGACCAGGUAUGUGUACAUUCAAACAGACCGGCAAGCAACAGUGAACGAUGCAACUCAACGGCGCCUCUGGCUGCACGUAGAUGGUCAUCGACAACUUCAGCUGAACCUGGAGGAGGCUUACCCCCCACUCCUCUGGGAAAAGGGGCGCGCCUUGAUACUUGAAGAAUCAACGGAAGCCAAACAGGACAUAAGACGUCACUAUUGCAUCCGAUUUCGGACGCGAGAGUGUAGACAGCAGGAUGUUAUCGUGAUAAUCGACUUUCAGAUCAAAGAAACGGAGCUGCAGCGUCCUUGUUACUUCCACGUAAUGAUUCUAUCUAGAGAGAUCACGUUGAAAGAGCUGUCACAAGGGUUCUGUAAGCUCCGCAAAUGUGUGUUGGGAAAACACACCGCCAGCGUCGGCUCUCUGAAUUUACAAUUGUCCGUUGAUGAGGAGAAUGUUGCCAAAGAGCCAGUCUUUGUGCUGCGGCUUGCUCAAGGUUUAUUUUCCUCGGUCAGGACGGUAAAUGCAAAUCUCGAACUUGGGUUCUUAAGCCCACAGCCAGGAUUGAUAAGCCUACUACAAAAGGGAGACAGAGCCAGCCAAAAAGAGAGAGAAUUAGAGGAACUAAGGAGCAAAAGAGAUCAGAGACUUCAUGGCAUGAAGGAACGCUUGAAGGUGGUCGAAGCCGAGUUAGCUAAGCUUGCGGAAGAAAAGAGGUUGCUGUCUGUAAAUGUGGAAGAGUCGACGAACGAAAUCAGUAGCUUAAUACAGCGACUAAGCACAGCCAAACAGUGUCGAGAGGAGUGCCUUGAACAAGAGUCAGAAAUAAGGCGGCAUUUGGAUGAGAUUGAGAUACAGAAUGGUCCCGGUAGCUGGUUAGAGGCGAUUAUCAUGAUGCAGUUGAAGGCGGGCGGACUUGGGUAUCACCCUGGAACCACAAGUGAUUCUGGCUCACAUACGGUUGAGAAAAGGAUGAAUUAUUGCACACCCCUCUUGUGGGCUGCCAUGAGUGGACACGAGGUCAUUACGAAGCUACUGGUAGAAAACGGCGCUGAGAUCGACUCAACAGACUCUGAUGGAAAUACACCGCUCUGGUGGGCUACAUCUAGAAGCCACGACGGUGUGAUCAGACUCCUACUCGACAAAGGUGCUAAUUCCCGGGCAAGGAAGAAAAAUGCCCAAGCGGUUUAUUCAAACGCAACCAUGCGCGAGGAAGAAUCAAAUGUCGGGCGCUUGGCCACUUUUGAUGCUAACAGUACGACGGUGAAAAGCGCUUUGGGUGAAUUACGUGAGAUCGCAAAGGCUGGUGGUGAUCGAAAUCAGGUGGCUACGAUGGUACCGGGCACACGUGUGCCGAGAUCCCAAGAAUUGGCACAGUCUUUGAUUCGUAUAAUCGAAAAUGAAAACAACCAUGGUCGUAUGCAUGGAGAGAUAGAUCAAGCUCUAUUCUUCGCGGCAUCAACAGGAUCGAAGUACACGAUUCAACUACUCCUGGACAAAGGUGCUGGACUAGAGAAAAGGAAUGGCAUGGGAAAUACACCGCUUAUAUCAGCCGUCGAAGCAGGCCACGAGCAUACAGUUCGGCUACUACUUGAGAAUGGCGCUGAUGUGGAGGGCAGAGGCUAUCGUUUAACCACACCCUUGAGCGUGGCAGUGAGGGCGGGGCACAGGUCUAUAGUUGAGCUGUUGAUAGAAAGGGGGGCUCACUUAGAUGCCGGCGGGUCAUCUGGCGCGUUGUUGGAAGAGGCUGUCAGAAGUGGCGAUACGGCUAUACUCAGAAUUCUGCUUGAGAAAGGGACCACUUAUAAAAACGAAGACUCUGUCAUCGACCCUCUCCUGCGUUUCGCAGCAUGUGCGGGGAGAAUGAGCAUGAUGGAGUUGUUGUUUGAAAAGGGAGCAAAGUAUGAAACAACCGAUCCAAACGGCAAUAAGCCUUUGGGAUUGGCAGCAGAACGAGGCCACGAAGCUAUAGUUAGGCUUCUACUUGAGAAGGGUGCUGAUACUGAAAGUAAGGGCCCUGAUUCCAAUACACCAAUGGGGAUUGCAACUCUGAGGGGUUGUGUGACUGUCGUCAAGGCCUUGCUUGAGAAUGGUGCAAACCCAGAAGCAAAAAAUAGUCAAGGCAUCACACCACUUAUGUCCGCUGCUUCAAACGGUCAUAUAGAGACAACCAAGCUUUUGCUCAAAAGCGGCGUCAAACUCGAGACGAGAGGCUCUGACGGAAGAACCGCGCUCUUACAUGCUGCGUGCCAUGGGAGUCUAGGUGUGGCCAAGAUGCUUCUCGAUAUGGGUGCCGACCUAGAGGCAAGAGAUCUAUGGAAAAAUACACCACUUGGCGUCGCAGUAUACAGCGGCCAUUAUGAUUUGGCAACGUUGUUCAUCAAUAGACGGGCCAACCUUGAAGCAAAGAACAUCAAAUAUAAUACGCCCCUUUUGCUGGCAGCGAUGUAUCGCCAGCAGAGUAUAGCGACACUGCUUGUUCAGAGAGGUGCCGAUAUUGAGUCAAAGAAUAUAGAUGGCAAUACACCACUCCUCAUUUCUGUGUUCAAUUCGGACUUGAAGAUCGUUGAUAGCUUGCUCGAAAAAGGUGCGAAUCUCGAGGCCAGAGACAAGGAAUACAAUACGCCACUCCUUUUGGCGGUAUCAGAGAAGCAUCUUAAGACCGGCCGUCUUCUGAUUGACAAAUGUUCCAAGUCUGAUAAUCUACAGAGGAUGAAGAAACAAACACCAGCCCCGGAUACCCAGAUGGCUCGUCUCUUACUUGACAAAGGUGCUAACCUUGAAGCCAAGGAUAAGAAUGGCCGAACACCACUUCUUUCGGCAGUAUCAGGAGCUAGAGUGGAUUUGAUAAAUCUGCUUCUAGCUAAAGGGGCCAACAUCGAGGCAAAAAAUAGAUGCGGUGACACAUCACUUUUUCUUGCCGUCUGUAAGAGGGACAAAAUCAUUACCAAGCUACUACUUCAGGGAGACGCGGAUCCGAAAGCACAGAACAACGGUGGAAACACGCCCUUGAAUUAUGCCAGAGAGGACGGGGAUGUGGUGAUUGUAGAAUUGUUAUCCCAGAAAAUCGCUACUGAACGAUCCGUGGUUGGGAUAUUUGAGAAGAUGUUUCAACGGAAAGCGUUCAAAUCCAAGUGA